AUGGCGGAUUUCCAGAGAACGUUCUCUGUCAGUGACCUACCCAGUAACUCCAGUAUCGUAUCAAUUCCACUAGCUGCAUCUGUUUUUGGAUCUAUACUUUCAGGACCGGUUGCCGACCGGAUUGGCCGAAGGAACUACUUUUUUGUUGCUGCUAUCUCAAAAUUUACAGGAUCGUUGGUCCAGAUCAUGGCAACUUCAAUCGGAACCUUGAUACUCGGCCGGAUCAUUUCAUUCUAUGCGAUUGGUAUCUUUAGCAUGCUUGUACCAUUAUGCAAGAGUAUGUAUUCAUGUGCUACAAAUGUAAUAGAUCAGAGCGAAAUAUCGCAGCCCGAGCAUCGCGGUCGGCUCAUUGCCUUUUAUCAAUUGGGUGUCACACUCGGAUUUUGCGUUGCAUUUUGGAUCGGCUACGGAACGAGUCAUAUUUCCACCAAUUUGUCGUGGAGGCUUCCUUUAGGGCUCCAGAUAUUGCCGCCUUUUCUAUUAUUUGCUGGCCUAUUCGCGUUACCUGAGAGCCCACGUUGGCUCAUCUAUCGAGAGCGUAUGGCAGAAGCGUUUACUAUCUUAACCAGUAUUCGUAGCAGUGUCGGUGAAGACUCGAUCCAGAUGGAAUACAUUGGCAUUGUACAAGAUGUUUCGUUCGAUAAGCACUUUUCUUCCAAAAGCUAUUCUUCGUUGAUGCACAAAGGUAUCGAGAACAAUCGAAGGCGGACCUUGCUGGGGGUCGGAAUUCAUAUGCUGACGCAACUUACCGGCAUAAAUGUACUUUUGUAUUAUUUACCACAUAUUCUACAAUCUACCGGGAUCACCGAGAUAAAUUCAGAACUCUUGGGAAACGGUGUGAGCGGCAUGGUGAACAUGCUUGCAACUGUCCCGGUCUUUUUCUUUAUUGACAAGUGGGAUCGCCGCCGGAUUCUCACAGGAGGGUCACUUGCCAUGGCGAUUUGUAUGAUUACGACGGCUACGGUACUCGGCGCUUACAGCGAUAAGAAUGGCACUGAGAACGUGUUUAUCAACAACAAGGCUGCCACAUAUAGCAUUUUGACCGUAUUGUGUCUAUUCAUUGCAUGUUUUGCACUCAGCUGGGGCCCAUUGGGAUGGAUCUACCCAGCCGAGAUUUAUCCUCAACUGAUUCGCGCAAAGGCCAUGGGCGUGACCACUGCAGCGAGCUACUCCUUCAACCUGUUCAUCUCGCAGAUCGCACCAGUCUUGUUCCGACAUAUUACUUGGGGCACAUAUGUUGUCUUUGGUUGUUCGUGCCUUUUGAUUGCUUGGGUUGUUCAUGCCUUUUAUCCCGAGACUCGGGUAAGUCUUUAA